UGUUAUAUGAAAUGAAUCAACGAGUCAACGAGCUAACUGCAGCGAACAUCCGCAUUCAUCGAAGUCUGUGCAUAAAUAGCGAAUAAAAUUCGAUAGUUUGUCAAAUAAAAUUCUUUAAAGUAAUUUUGCUUGUGAGAGAUAUUAAUUGAAUAGUAUUCAAUUGAGAUUGGAGGUAUUAUCGCAAGAGUUAAUGCUGUUUUAAAGCAGCUCUGAUAACGAAGAGAAGUUUAGAGUAAAUCGGCGAUUACAAGACAACCGAGUAAAAGUGGAAGAAGAAGAAAAGCGAUAGCGCAGCGGUCGGUUAACGAGUACGAGAACGACAACGACAUUAGUGCCGGAGCAGAAGCAGAAGCAAAACGUUUGUCGAAGAGAAAAAAUUCGUAGUAGAGAAAAGUAAAAAAUUGAAAUUCGGAAACGCAGGCGACGACAAAAAAAGUGUUGAACGCUGAAAUCUUUGUUUUAAAAGGACGCCGAUUCUAAAUUAAAUAAUUUUAAAUAAACUGUCUCAAAGUUUGAGCCUAAGGGGUUAACAAAAGAAUAUAACAGUAUGUCUGAACGCGAAAAUAAUGUGUACAAGGCCAAAUUGGCUGAACAAGCUGAGCGUUAUGAUGAAAUGGUUGAAGCUAUGAAAAAGGUAGCUUCUCUUGAUGUUGAAUUGACUGUUGAAGAGCGCAAUCUGCUUUCAGUCGCAUAUAAAAAUGUGAUUGGCGCACGACGUGCAUCGUGGCGCAUAAUUACCUCAAUCGAACAAAAAGAGGAAAACAAAGGUGCCGAAGAAAAACUUGAAAUGAUCAAAACUUACCGCGGGCAAGUGGAGAAAGAAUUGCGCGACAUUUGUUCUGAUAUUUUGAAUGUGCUAGAAAAGCACCUCAUUCCAUGCGCCACUACAGGAGAGAGCAAAGUAUUUUAUUAUAAGAUGAAGGGUGAUUAUCAUCGCUAUUUGGCUGAAUUCGCAACAGGAUCGGAUCGUAAGGACGCUGCGGAGAAUUCAUUAAUUGCUUACAAGGCUGCCAGCGACAUAGCAAUGAAUGAUCUUCCGCCAACACAUCCUAUUCGCUUGGGAUUGGCGUUGAACUUUUCGGUAUUCUAUUACGAAAUUCUCAAUUCUCCGGAUCGCGCCUGCAGAUUGGCGAAAGCAGCUUUCGACGAUGCCAUUGCUGAGCUGGACACCUUAAGUGAAGAGAGUUACAAAGAUUCCACACUCAUCAUGCAAUUGCUGAGGGAUAAUCUCACAUUAUGGACGUCUGAUAUGCAGGCUGAUGGUGAUGGUGAGCAAAAGCCGGAGAUUCAAGAUGUUGAAGAUCAGGAUGUGUCGUAAUUUAAGUAACCCCACCUUACUUAAUUCUAAAAUUCCCUCUAUAUAUACCUUUUCCUACUGUAAUACAGCAGCAGCAACAACCACACAUACAUGAAAAAACGAGAAGCAUUAUAUACACUGCAACAGCAACAAUGAUAUACAUUAUAUACAUUUCAAUUGCAUAAAAAAUAAAAAAUUCUCUUUCAGAAAUCAUUCGAAACGAAAAAAACAUUCAAAAAAUUCCUCCUGUCCCUGCUCCUAUUCAAUGUGUGAAAAUUCUUUGCAUUAAUCAUAAUUAUUAAAACCAGAAUUAUUAUUAAAACAACAAUAAUGAUUAUUAAUAAUAACGGUAAUGAUAAAAUACAUCAGUAUAAUAAUAAAACAAAUGAAAACAACACUAAUUAUUUUAAAGCAUGUAGCAUUUAAUUAAGAAUUCAAUACAGGCAUAUACAUAAUACAUUCACACACUUUCACAGUUAAACGUUGCAAACGCAACAAUUGGAAUGUAAUGGAAGAAAAUGAGUUUACUUUAAGGAUUCUGUAUUAAAAAUAUAAAGAGAAGAGGAAGAGCUAAUAGUAAUAAACAUAAAUUAUAUCGUUAAAAUAAAAAAGAGCGGAAAAUAGUGAGCCGAUGAGAACGUAAUUUAGAAAUACUAAACACAACAACGCAUAAUUAAAAGAAAUAAAUUAAUAUUAAUGGCUAAACUUUCGAAAUGUAUCAUUUUACUGAUACUCGCUUUUGCAUUAUAGACAAUAGAAAUUGCAAUUCGAGUAUUUUUGAACACUUAAUUCUUUGAGUUAGAAUCAGUCCAGUCGUUGGAAUAGUAAGUUGUUUGCAAGGUAUCGGAAUCUAUUUAAAUUAUAGAUUCUGAUCUUCUCAUAUGGCAACUACUUAUUUGAGCAAUGAAAAUUUUCACGUCAAUUUUUUUUCUUUUUAUACAAUGUAAGGGCAAUCAAUAAUUGGAAAAUUUCUUAAUAGAAGAUGAAAAAUUCAAUAGAAAUUGCAGACUACCAUAAAUUAUGCAAUUUAAUAUACAUAUGUAAUCCUAAAAUCAGAAUUAGGAUAUGAUUGUUUACGAUUGAAAGUAAAAUAUUAAAAAAGUAAUUUCCCUUUACAUACACAUUUCACAAAAUAAAGAGGAUGUUUUGAUCCCGUGAAUUUUUUUAUGACCUAAGCAAAUUAAAAAUAUGCUUAACUAUUCAUUCACAUCUUAACAAAUGUUUAAUAUUUGGUUUUAAUUUCCAAAUUGUAAUUGGUGGUGAUCAGGCGAUAUUUUGUAUACACAUGAAUUUUCAUACAUUUGAUGCCACAUUACUUAGACUUUCAAAAUGAUACAAAUAAACGGAAAUAAAAACUGCAAA